AUGGAGCCCGCGGGGGUGCGCAAGGAGUGGCGUGUCGUCCCCGAGUCCUCGCUCCGCUCCAAUGGCGCCAAGGCAGAGCUGCUGAUCCCUCAGUUGGAAUUCCUCAAUGAGGAAGGAGCACACGCUGAGCUCUGGGUGGUGUCACAGAUUUUCGUGGACACACCUGACAGGACAGUUUCUGAUUCGACUCUCUAUUUGCAGAAAGUUACUGCCAUUUUCCCAGAUGGUAGAGGAGCUGCCCUUCUCAAGUAUCAAUGGAAAGAUGCACAAUUCAAGUGUAACAGGUGCCUCAGCGUGCAGGUGUGGCGUAAGAUGUGGUACCAGAAAAUGAAGAUGAAGCUCAUCGUCCUCGACAUCAUCGUCGCGCUGAUCCUCAUCAUAAUCCUCUCAAUUUUCCAGGGCAUAUGCGGCAACAAGGCUCCAGGGAGUGCUGACGCUUUCCUCAUGAUCAUGGCCAAGAAGCUCCACAAUGGUCUCCUGGAGGAGGUGACAGUGGAGAGGGCGGCGACGACGGACGAGUGGCUGCGGUACCUCGAGUUCGUGCGGCAGGCGGUGGCGCAAGUGCUGGUAGGGAGUGGGUCUGCUCCGCCUAGUGUCGACCACAUUGAGGGCACCGUCAAGGCUGUCGUCGGCCCCGUCUACGACCGCUUCCACGUCGUCACACUCGACCUCCUCAAGUUCAUCGGCCGCAAUAUGUUAUUGCUGGUCUCCUCAGGACAAUAUGCCAUGACUAUGACAGCACCAUUUGGGAUGUUCGCAUGGUCGGGAGUUUCUUGCAACUGCUGUGUUGGUCAUGUUCUAUAA